UUGCAGAAAGAGGGGCGACCUCUAAAAUUAAAUCUGGUUGGAAUAGGAUCUUCUCCGAACGUUUCAUUCAUUCAUUCUUCUUCUUCUUCUUCUUCUUCGCCGUCGCCGUUGUUUUCAUCGGAAUCUUCAAUUUCUUUAUUCGUUUUCUUCCAUAAUCUUUGUUCUUCAAUACGAACCAUCACUCACUUACCAACUCUAUUGAUCUGCGGUCCUUUUCCGGACAGCUUCUCUGCAGUUUUUUUUUUUAGCUGCAGUGCAUCAGUGGUAGCCGGAUUAGUUUAAUAACUAUGCUGAGGAGGAAGAAGAUGAAGCACUGCUUCAGCUUCUUCUUCUUCUUCUGUUGAUUCAUGGCCUCCACUCAGCACCGCUGUGUUUUCGUUGGGAAUAUACCUUAUGAUGCUACUGAAGAGCAGCUUAUAGAAAUCUGCCAAGAAGUUGGGCCCGUAGUGUCGUUCAGAUUAGUUAUUGACAGAGAAACUGGAAAACCUAAAGGCUAUGGGUUUUGUGAGUACAAGGAUGAAGAAACAGCUUUGAGUGCUCGUCGUAAUUUACAAGGUUAUGAAAUUAAUGGUCGACAAUUACGAGUUGAUUUUGCUGAGAAUGACAAGGGUGCAGACAGAAAUAGAGAACAGGGUCGUGGAGGACCUGGAUUGGUUGCAAAUGCUGGUGGCCCAACACCCCAUGGGGAAGCCAGUCAACAUCAACCAAUUGGUCUUCACAUAGCUAUCACUGCUGCUGCUGUCAUGGCGGGAGCCCUUGGUGGUGCACAAGCAGCUUCUAAUCAGAAUAAUUUACAGAGUGCAACAAUGCCCAACGAUCCGUUAACUUUACAUCUGGCUAAACUUUCUAGGAGUCAGCUUACUGAAGUUAUGUCAGGGCUAAAGGCAAUGGCUACACAAAACAAGGAUUUGGCUCGACAGCUAUUGCUGGCAAGACCACAACUAUCAAAAGCUCUUUUCCAGUCACAGAUAAUGCUUGGCAUGGUCACUCCACAAGUGUUACAGAAGCCUAAUUUACAGCAAUCUGCUACUCAUCCUCAGCUUCCUUUGCAUGAGAGUCAGCAGGGUCAGCCAUCAUCUCUUCAAAUUCAACCAGGCCUGCCCCCUCUUGCACCUAACAGGAUGCAAACUGGUUUUGUACCUAAAAAAGAAACACAAUCGUCUCUCAUGCCCCAAAAUCCUUUGGCUCCCCAUCAGUUUUCUGCAUCCCAACGACCUUCACUUCAAUCUCAAAUUCAGCCAUCACACACUUUACAAGGCUCUUUGACCGGAAUACCUGGAGGCUCGUCACUUCCUUCCAUAAGUUUGCAGGGAAAUAUAUCUAUUAGGCAACAGGUUCAGGCGCCCUCCUCCUCCUCUUUAAAGCAGCACAUGCGUCCUCCUCCUCAGCAAUAUUUGGGGCAUGGUGGAGCUUUAAUUCCUGGCCAUAACACUCAUAUUACUAAUCCAGAAGCUAAACCAUCUCUUUUGCCUCACCCUUCCUUAUCAGAUGCAGACUUUCAGCCUGGCCCCUCCACAGCGUAUAGUACACCUCAGAUAGUGGGCAGUGAUGUUGAUAAGUCUUCUCCAGUUCCUCUUGGUGUUGAUGGUAAAAGAACUAUGCUUCAUGGCUUUUCAGGAACAACUAAUCGCCCAGUAAAGCAAAUAAAAUUAGAGGAUGGAAAAGGCAGCUCUUUCUUAGCCGGAGGUCUAAGUACAUCAAUAGGUACCAAUGGAUCCGGGCAACUUGGAAUUGCCUCAGAUCCCAAUGUGACGGGAACCCAACUCUCUGAGAAACCAACUUCAUUGCUUCCCCAGAACGUUGAAUCUGUACUACUGCAACAAGUUUUGAAUCUAACUCCCGAACAGCUUAACUCGUUGCCGCUCGAACAGAGGUUGCAAGUUAUUGAGCUCCAGCAUGCACUUCGCAGAGACCAAAUGCGGCCAUCCUAGCAAGUAAAUUACCCCUGAUCAACCCAACAAGUAGAUUGUAAAAUAUUUUGCUCCAGAGAGAUUCAGCCAAGUGACAGUCAAAAAUACGUGUAAAAUUAUUGCUUGUCGAAGGGGUCCGAAGCGACGGGUCCUGCCCACAAGGUAUGAGUUUUUCCAUAAACAGCAUUCAUGUAAGGCUUACAAGUUUGUGAUUAUAGUGAUUCCUUAAUAAUAACAAAUCAAGAUAGGGGAAAAGAUCCAACAGUGGAAGAAUUUUGAUUUAUUUUCAGGGUCUCUUUUUUUGGCCGUUACAUUUGCCAUUUUUGGACUUCUUUCCUUUGCUUCUGCUGUUCAUUCCUUGCAUGUAACAUUUCAUUGAGGCUUUUGGUUUUGUUUGUAAAAGAAGAAAAAAAAUGCUACAAUUUGGAUUCUUUAGCUGUUAAGAAGCUUUGAUAUAAGGGUUUUCUUUUUUUUCUUUCUUAAA